AUGACCAGCGAACCAUUUGGUAGUCUUGGUCCUGAUGGUAAACUUCAAGUUGGUACAUUUGACGGUGAUCUAAUAACUUGCACUUGGGUGGAUGAAUUUUUAUCUAUAGAGUUUUACAUCACUUUGUCUUUAAGUAGUGCUUCUCAUCAAUCUCAGAAAACUGCAAGUACAUAUCUUAAAGUAGGACAAAAACACAUGGCUGUAAUUCAGAAAAUGUAUGAUACGAUUGUUUAUGGCUUUAGAACUGCUCAGGCACUUGGUCAAUUGCAUAAGGAACUGAUUCGAACUCCAAAAAUCAUCGAAAAAUAUCAGUGCCAAUUUAAGAAACUAUUUCUAAAAAUAUUUGGAAUUUUUGAAGCAUGGGAAUGCUUUCAAAAUGAAUCAGGAACUCUUUUGAGAAUUCUGUAA